CUGGAAUAGAAAAAGUUAAUCCGGAGAAAGUUGUUGCAAAUACAGCGUAAUUUGGCAAUGAAGUGGCAAGCUUUUGUUUAAAAAAGGCUGACGCGAUAAAAAAUAGUGAUGGACGGCUAUUUGGAACAUGCUCGGCAAGCAUUGGAUGACAUUGACAGCUACGACAUCGUUCAUGUCGUUAUUGGAAAUGAGGCUUGCGAUCUUGACUCUACCGUCUCCUCUCUUGUCUAUGCAUAUUAUCUACACACGGUAAGCAGAGAUGAGGGGAGGAUAGUAUACCUACCUGUAUUAAACAUUCCUCACAGUGAACACAAACUAAAAUUAGAUACAACAUAUUUUCUGGAUAGCAAUAACACAAAAGAGGAACACCUCAUAUUCAGAGAUGAAAUUGAUUUGGCGGGAUUGAAUAGCCGUGCGAAGUUGCGAUUGACUCUCGUGGAUUUUAAUAUUUUCCCGAAAAGUGAUCAGGAUUUGGAGCCGUGCAUUGUUGAAAUCUUGGAUCACCACAAACAGGAAGUGAUGGAGCGAGAAGGAUUACAAAUGGAUAUAGAAAUGGUCGGAUCUUGUUCUACGCUAGUUGCAGAGAAACUACUCAACAAUGAGGAUUUUACAGUAGAUGAAAAGGUGGCGCUUUUACUAACAGGUACUAUAUUACUGGACACGGUGAACCUGUCCCCCCAGGCAGGCCGCGCCACCCCCAAGGAUGAAGAAAUCAUCACCCAGCUAGGAAAGCUCCUUCCAGACUUGGACAGGGAGGGUCUUUAUAAGAAACUCGAGGCAGCUAAGUUUGAUAUUUCAUCUUUGUCGACCCCGGACAUGUUGAGGAAAGAUAUGAAGUUAGUCACCACAGAGGCCGCCACUGUACCAAUCAGUAUGGUUACCAUGGAUAUAAAGGAUUUCCUGUCAAGACCUAAUGUCGAGAAAGACCUGGCUGAAUUCGGAACUACCCAUUAUGCUGUUGUGGUCGCUGUUAUGACUGCCUCGAUCAAAGAAAACGGAGACAUUCAAAGACAAUUAGCGUUAUAUUCUGUUGAUGAUAAAUGGCGGGAAAAGCUUGCUGGUGCUUUGAAGUCUGCAACUGACCCUAAUCUUGGCCUCUCGGAUAUGCAAUCUGGGAUAUCAACGAUCGUCGCUUUCUCACAGGAAAAUGUCAAAGCAACUAGAAAGAAAAUUCUCCCGAUUAUCAAAUCAUAUCUUCAAAGUGAGGCUGUGACAUCACAAUCUGCAAAUGCGAAUGCUAACAAUUCAGUUGAUUUAUUUGGAGACCUUUCCAACACGAAGGCGACAUCUGGCGGUGAGGUUUCUAAUGAGUUUGACAUUUUUGCAACAACAGCCGCAGCAAAUGAUGCUCCACCUAAGGGGUCUUCCAAUGAAGACCCCUUCGCAAUGUUUGAUACAUUAUCCCCUACAAACAUUCCACAAUCAACUGGUCAAACUAAUUUGGAUAUAUUUGGUGAUAUGAAUAUACAGGGUGACCAGAAAACAGUGCCUUCGGAUAGUUUAGCAGGACUAGAUGUAUUUGCAUCUCCCAGUAUGCAGACAAAUCCCCCUAUCACACAGUCAAAUAUGGAUGCAUUUGACCCUUUUGGUGAUUUAGAAUCAUUAGCUCAGAGUUCGUCAACAGCAACAGGAAAUGAUGUCACUCAAACAGGAAGUGAUGUCACUAAGUCAGGAAGUGAUGUCACAAGUGGACUUGGUGAUUUUGAUCCAUUCGCUAGUUUUGGUGAUAUAACAAAUGAACCCCUGGUGCCAGCAGUCAAUGUGACUGCAACUGAUCCGAGUCAGCCAAUCAUUGACCCAUUUGGAGGGGUGCCUGAUAAUGGACCCUCCCAACAGGGUGUAAGCUACCCUGCCACCCCUCCUAAUAGUAACAUAUCCCCUCAUGAUGGUUCAGUAAUUGCUCAACAUGAAACCUUACUCCCAAGUUUCAACAGCUCAGAAAUGGUUGAGAAAAUCAAACAAAAGAAAGCCUUACUAGAUGAUGCUAUUGACCAAACUCCUGAUGAGUCAGACACUUUCCCUUACACUCCAAAGAAUAGUUUCGCAGAGAGCCAUAUGGAAACCUAUGCCAGAGAACACAAUCUUCCCAGCUUUAAUAGUUCCGAAAUGGUGCAGAAAAUAAUGGAUAAAAAGGCCUCUCUCCCUGACCUUCAAGACAGUUUGUCCGAAUCAGUGACACCAAAUUCACAAGAUAGCUUAGAUCACCUCGUGUCAGGGGGCAGCUCGGAACAACCAUCCUCUAAAGAGGAUAGUUUGGGUCCAACACCUUUUACACCGCAAAAUAGUUUCGUGGAUGCAAAUUUUGAUAAGUAUGCUAAAGAUCAUCAACUGCCAAGUUUCAACAGUGCAGAGAUGGUACAG